UAACUUUUUUCCAUGCCUCCUAACUUCACAGCCUGUCAAACCUGAAUUAUUAACAUGACCGUGAACAUGAUUAACAGUUUUUUAAUUUAGUGAGAGGAGUGAGAAAGGGGAGGUUGUUGCUUUGUUGUUUCCCUAAAUUAAAGUAUAGUGAUCAGUGAGCCUGGGAAAAAUUAAUAUUGGCCUGCCUUGCCCUGCCAAAGAGAUUUGCUGGUGUAGAGGUGUCCAGGAAUCUUCUCCCAGUUCACACCAGGACUACUAGGUUUCUAAAUUAUUGCUAGCUGCACUUCUUAGAGUGCUCCGUCCACUCCAAUUAGUACGGAAGAUCAAUGACUGAUGAUAUUGAUGGAUGCUUGGAAUAAGCCAAUUUUCUCUGUACUUAUUGGGAUUUGGAUUGCCAAUUAUAGCAGCUUAUGGAUGAGGCUGGUUUUGGCAUGAAGAAGCAAAGUUUUCAAUGAGCCUCAUGCUAGAGAAUCUCCACCUCUGCUGUUUCUGCUUCAGCAUAGAGGCUUACUUUCAAAAGAAACAGGAAGAAGUGGACACUUCUCGAGAGCAAUUUCAUCAAAAUGAAGGCUGACUGUUAUGGCCGGUGAUGACAACAGCAGAAAUGUACUAACAAAUCAAAAUAGGGCAUGGGAACCAAAAUUGAAUACGCCAUCAAUAUAUUAGGAACCUCAGAAAAUAGCAGCAGCUUAACCGUGCAUCGUGUGGAUGACUGGGACUAUUUUCAGAAAAGUGGGCUGAAGGAGAAGUAUAAGAAGGCUAGAACCGAGGACAAAAUUCGGAACUCAAUGGACAGGAUGCUUGACAAGCACAACAUAGAUACCAUAAAAAAGACAAUGCAGAUGCAUGAAGAUACCUUUAAACACCAGAUUCGAGAGCUACACCGACUGUACAGUGUACAAAAGAUGCUAAUGGAUGAACUGAAAAAAGAGAUGAAACGGAACAUAUUUCGGGGGCCGGUGACUAGUAGUGCAGAUCACAUUAACCAUUCUCAGUUGAUUAACUGGCAGCAUUCAACAACUCAAGCUUCUUCUGGAUAUAAUUUCCAUCUUCAGAGGUUGAGAGAUGAUCCGAUCUCUAGAGAGGGCAGUGGAAGUUGCUCCGGAGACACCCUGAGAAUGUCAAGGGGAUUUGACCUUGAAAGGCCUGCCGAGGAAGACAUGUCAACAGGAGUCAGUACAAUUGACCAAGAACAAGCAGGGCCAAGCUCUCACAUGGCCUUCAAAAGUAGAAAUAUGAGCAUAGCUGGCUGUGAUGAAGACAGUGAAGUGGAGCUUACAUUAAGCAUUGGAAGCAGCAAGAACAAGAAGAGAUCAAAAUCUUACCAGCCUCAGCUAGGAUGUGCUGAGCUGAUCCAUAAAGAAACGGACCUCGAUUCGCCUGCCUCAUUCAAAUCAGAUAGAGGAGGAGACUGCAGUGAUCCCACAACUCCCAUGAGCAGCUCUAGUGCAACAUUUGACCAGGAAAGAAAGCAGCCACAUUGGCUUUUCCAUGGUUUAAAGCUCAAAUAGGACUAAUACUUCAAUUUGCGUGCGCGUUUCUUGGCAAAUCUACAUUAUUGAAAUUCUAAUUAAGUUGUCACCUUAAUAAAUGGACAAUUGAGAUAAUAUUCUCAUGCAUUACAUCGGUGUAAAUAGGACAUUUGCAAA